CUGUUGGAAUUCUUACUCUUCGAAAGCGGUGGUGGCUACAUUCAUGCAAACCGAGUCACUUAUCCUUUGCUGCGAAACGAGUUCAUAAUAACGCAGGUGUUUCUUGGACCACUGCCAAGAACGGUGUCUGAUUUCUGGAGAAUGAUUUGGCAGGAAAAAGUUGAAACUAUAUUUAUGUUAUGUAAGAAUUAUGAGAACGGAAAGCGAAAAUGCGCGGAAUAUUUUUCAAAUUUCAAUACCGCAAUAUGCUUAGAGAAGGAAUAUGGAAGAGCUUUCCUUGCCUGGUUGCCUCCCAGCGAAGUGUGCUGCGAGACCCAGUAG